AGUGCAAACGUGGCCCAAGAUGUGUUUCUGAUUUCGGUCAUGGCCACUCCGGGCCAUUUGUCCAUGAGGCCACAGGCGCGCCUGGCGCGCCCGUUCCUCGAGGUCCGCCCCGAAGCGCGCCCGCGGGUGGCUCAGCCAGGUUUUGGUGCCCUGGGCGCCCUGGGCGACGAGCGGAGCGAGCGGAGCGAGCGGAACCGGACGGGGAGGCAUUUUGUGAGCGCCCUCGCGCUUGGGGCCUUGGCUGCGCGUGCAGCACCCCGGCGACCCUUCGCAGUGCAAGCAGAAGCCGAAGGGGAGGGUGGAGUGACCACCAAGGACCGCCUCAACCCAUCCUCAAGGCUCAGAAGAGCGAAACGCUUCCUUCUGGCGUCCACCGUGGUGACCAUCGGCCUGGUGCUGCUGCUAUAUGCCACCAGCUUCGUGGAGAUGGCCAUGCACAAGCUCUUCGCACCCCCAAUGAAGGCGAAGUCCCCCGCCAUCGCUUGCAUGAUCGGGCUGGCGGUGGGUGGCCUGCACACGGUGGCGGGCCCGGACCACCUCGCGGCCCUGGCGCCUUUGGUCAUCGGCAAGCGCCGGACGCCCUUCGCAGCCUUCGGCCUGGGCGCCCUCUGGGGCUCCGGCCACGCCACGGGGCAGCUGGUGGUGGGCCUGGGCUGCCUUGCGGUGCACCUGGGCAUGCUGAAGAUGCAUUGGGCCACUGUCUUGGAGCAGAUGAGCGGCUUGCUGGUGGGCGCCUCUUUGAUUGCGAUAGGCCUUCUGGGCUUCAAGGACUGGCCCAAGACUACGACCCUGCAACCGCCGCCGAAUCAGAUGCCGGCCGCUUCGGCUGGGCCACCUACGCAACGGGCGUGGUGCAUGGGCUCUCCCUUGAUGCCAUAAUAUUCAUACUCCCCGCCUUUUCCCUUCCCCACUUUGCUGCCGUGGUGCACGUGAUCGGGGUCGUGUCGGGCACGCUCUUCUCGAUGGGGUGCUACACCACCGUGCUGAGCCUUUUCUUCCGGAAGUCGCCGAGACUGAAGCUCAUCUCGGCCAGCGCAUCCUCGAUUUCCCUGAUCCUGGGCGUGUGUAUCAUCAUGUCGUUGUUUGGAGUCACGUUGCCCCUGCCCGGACUGUGAUACCGUCGGAGUGCUGGUGGGCGUGUUUCGAGCCCGUGGACGUGUUUCAAUGAGGAAAGAGCUGUGGAAGAGUUUUGCGCAAACUGUUGACUGGUCUCAGACAGAUCAGUUG